AUGCCCUCACCCAACAGGAACCAGCUCUAUAAAGGGAACACUUACAUGCCAUCACCCCACAGGAUACUGCUCUAUACAGGGAUCACCUACAUGCCCUCACCCCACAGGAUCCAGCUCUAUAAAGGGAUCACUUACAUGCCCUCACCCCACAGGAUCCAGCUCUAUGCAGGGAUCACCUACAUGCCCUCACCCCACAGGAUCCAGCUCUAUGCAAUGAUCACCUACAUGCCCUCACCCCACAGGAUACAGCUCUAUAAGGGAUCACUUACAUGCCCUCACCCCACAGGAUACAGCUCUAUAAAGAGAUCACUUACAUGCCCUCACCCCACAGGAUCCAGCUCUAUGCAGGGAUCACCUACAUGCCCUCACUCCACAGGAUCCAGCUCUAUAAAGGGAUCACUUACAUGCCAUCACCCUACAGGAUCCAGCUCUAUGCAGGGAUCACCUACAAGCCCUCACCCCACAGGAUCCAGCUCUAUAAAGGGAUCACUUACAUGCCCUCACCCCACACGAUCCAGCUCUAUGCAGGGAUCACCCACAUGCCCUCACCCCACAGGAUCCAGCUCUAUAAAGGGAUCACUUACAUGCCCUCACCCCACAGGAUCCAGCUCUAUGCAGGGAUCACCUACAUGCCCUCACCCCACAGGAUCCAGCUCUAUGCAGGGAUCACCUACAUGCCCUCACCCCACAAUAUCCAGCUCUUUAAAGGGAUCACCUACAUGCCCUCACCCCACAGGAUCCAGCUCUAUAAAGGGAUCACUUACAUGCCCUCACACCACAGGAUCCAGCUCUAUGCGGGGAUCACCUAAAUGCGCUCACCCCACAGGAUCCAGCUCUAUAAAGGGAUCACUUACAUGCCCUCACCCCACAGGAUCCAGCUCUAUAAAGGAAUCACUUACAUGCCCUCAAUCCACAGGAUCCAGCUCUAUGCAGGGAUCACCUACAUGCCCUCACCCCACAGGAUCCAGCUCUAUGCAGGGAUCACCUACAUGCCCUCUCCCCACAGGAUCCAGCUCUAUAAAGGGAUCACUUACAUGCCCUCACCCCGCAGGAUCCAGCUCUAUGCAAUGA